AUGAGCGACCUACCAGGGAGUGCGACUCCGCCGCAAGCAGCGUCUGUAUCAUCAUCGACCAGCGCUGCUGGCAACGCCAACAACCUCGCCCCGAGCGCGCAUCCCAGCAUAGCGAGGCAUCUUUCUCACGCGCCCCAACACGCCUCCCCGCUUCGGUCAGCAUUUCAGCCCUCGCCCUCACCGCCCUCUUCGACGGGCUCUCCGGCUACGAGCAGCUUGACACUAGAUGUGAACACGCAGCGCACACCCAUGUCUCGCGCUCCGUCCUACGAGCCGGCCAAGUCCACCAGCUCCACUCUGGCUCCGGGACCGGCACCUAGACGACUUAGCGAGCCGCAGCAUCAGCCGGUGCAGAUGACACCGCGUCCCGAACAGUAUUGGCUCGGAGCUGGCGAAGCGGAAAGUUCUUCUCGCGGCGGUCUUGUUGGCAGGAGCAGUCCUCCCAUAGCAGCAAGCCAUGGCGAUGGUUACGCCAUCAGAAGGGCACCGAGUAGGACGGGCUCAGCGCAAGGCAUGCAUUCGCAAAGCAUUGCGAUCGGCGAUGUUGGGCGCCCACAGGACGGUGUCGGUACUUGCGCAAGCGGCGCAUCCACAGUCGGGGGCUAUGCUUCCUCCGUAGAAGAUCAUUACUCUGUGCCACCUUCUCGCUUGAUUUCAAGGACUCCGACGCCAGUGCUCAGCGGUCUAGCUACCUCCACAAUGUCGGAGGAUAGCGACGAAGGCUUCAGCUCAGACUCGCGUGAUAGCGCGUGGAGGGGACAGAACAGGCGAGGACUUGGAUCCUUCUUUGGGUGGAGCGCUGCGUUGGCAGGUGCAAAGAGCGGCUAUCAGGCUGUAUCUGCCAAUCCUGGAAUCGCACCGGACACUCGAGUGACCAUCGCCGGGGGAAAGGGCGACAAGUGGGACACCAGCCCGCCGUUGACCCCCUUGAUGGAAGCAGAGAUGGGUAGACGAGGCAGCGUUGCGAACGCCGUCGCCGGAGAUGAUGGGCAACAAAAGUGGUCCAAGCUGCGUAUGCAAGACUUUACGGAUGCUGGCUCCGGCAGGAGAUCUGGACUGCCGCGCGCGCGAGCACCUCAUUCGCGAAGGAGAAGGAAUCGGCAUGCAGGUGUUCCCAAUCCUCUCAAAGUCAUUCCAACGCUGCUCGGCAGAACGUUCAGGACGUUCUUCGGCCCGAUCCAUCCCUUCACAAUUAUGAUUGCGCUCUUGCUCAUUGCAGCAUUCGUGACAAGUGUCACGAUGCUCAUCAUCUACAUCCUCAACCCGGACAAGGAACCGCUGCCUUGGAGAAGCUACUGUGCGUCGCAGAUGGCUUUUCCCCACGCGUAUGCCGAUGCCCUCGCACCCGUGGACGUCAUCGUCGGUGUGAUGACGGUAGACUCCAAAUUCGAGAGGCGAAGCAUGAUUCGGUCGACGUACGCCGCUCAUACGCUGCCCCUCACUCCUGAUGGUCGGCCUGCGGCCAACGUGCAGGUCAAGUUCAUCCUGGGCAAAGUGCGCAAAGCGUACGCUAGACGAGUCGCGUUGGAGAUGGAGGCGCACAAUGAUAUUGUUGUCUUGGACAUGGACGAGAAUAUGAGCGCGAAAAAGACGCUUACUUUUCUGAAGUGGGCGGCGGAAAAUGCCACGAUGCCCUUCUUGAGGCCGACUGCACCCCGCUCGCUUGUUGAUGCGGCAACAGGUGACUCGUCAGAGCAUACAGUUGCGCAGUCCGAUCAGGAUCGCCAAAGUACUUCCGAGGUCGCAUGGAAGAAGGUCGAUUACGUCGUCAAAGCAGACGACGAUGCCUUUAUCGUGCUGUCAGAAUUGGAACGUCAUUUGCGAGUAUCUCCUCGCAGACUGACGUACUGGGGCUAUCUCGUCAAAGAAUGGUUCAUGGCUGGAGAAGCAUACGCACUUUCGAUGGAUCUGGUCGAAUGGCUCGCAUCCACGCCGGAGGUCGAGAGAACAGCAAAAGGCAAGGAGGAUACCCGCACACCACAGUGGAUCGCGAUGCAUCCCAACCGAAGCAGCAUCAACUGGGUGUCUGAGCAUUGUUACAUCUACGACCACCCGAAGGCAAACACGCCGUAUUCGCAUGGCUUCUUGUUCCCCGACUAUGUCGAACGCAUCAAGACCGAAGCCAGAAAAGGAUUGAGCGAGCAAGAAAUCGCUUGGAGAGGUGGCGAGAGGAAGAGCCACUAUUAUAGCACUGUCAACAAGUGGCACCGCAAAUACUAUCCGCCCAGAAAUGAUCUGACGGUGGAAGAGGAGGUAGAGGCUCUGGUCGAAGGUGGCGGGAGAUGGGCUGGCACCUGGAUCAGAGGAGGAGCUGUCGAAGGCGGCGAUGCAGAUGACGAGAGUUGGCAGCCUUGGGCGGAGCUCGUCUAUGAGAGCGAUGAUGCUCGGCUGCGAUUGCCCAACGAUCACAGAAAGGGCGGACAGGGCAUGCUCGCAUCAGACGUUGAUGUUGACGCGCUCACAGGCCUUCCAAUUCUUGGUCCUCUCGUCAGUCUGAACGGCACAGCCGGGGCGGUGUCUACCAAGAGCUCGGACACUACACCUCAAUGGGGCAGCGGCCGUGGCAAGCGGCGGACUUCAGAAGAUAGUCUGCGCAGGAGCGAUCACGCGCCUAUGCACUCUCCCUUGCAGGUGGAAGCCUUGCCAGCAUAUAUUCCGAUGGAUCCGAGAAGUAGAGACGAUGCGCAGUGGCGUCACCUGCCCCGACCAACACACCGUGAAGGUGGCGGUGCUGCAGCUCGCCUUCGAGCUAAACGAUAUCUGGGCCGACCGCACGGGGGUACAGUGAUCGUGCACUACCUCAAGAAGAGCGAGUAUUGGCUGGAGACCGCCAUGGCUUUCUUGGGUCGCGAAGCAAUGUGGCAAGGCACGUUUGGAGGCGGACCUUCGCGCGAAUACAGGAUGUGGGGUAGCCCACUGGUCAGACAUGACGGAUACAUCAGCGAGGGAAGAUCUCAGCCUAGACCUGAUGCGGGUGUACGGGUAGCUGCGGGCGAUGAGCCAUGGUCGGCAGGAUCGACACAGGCUUCCAAGAGCACGAAUGCUGCGGAAAGCUCGUCAGAGGCGCAUCACACCAGAGAGGAGAGUAGUAUCUCACCGACUACCUUGUAG